AUGGCCCUCACCAUCGCUGUCGUCCUCGCCAUCGGCGUCCUCACCCUCGUCUACCUCCGCACAAAGACCACCAGCAAUGCCCCGGAAAAACCCCUCCUCAAGCUCCCCCUCAUCGGUGACCUGCACAGCUCUCCGAUCGAAAAGCCGCUCGUAAACUGGGACGCCUGGGCAAAAGAACACGGCCCGAUCACGGUCCCCAAACUCUUCGGAAUCGUCCCCAUUGUUGUCCUCAACUCGUACGAGGCCGUCGUCGAGCUCUUCUCGAAACGCAGCCAAUGGUACAGCAACCGCCCAGCGUCCGUGAGCAUGGAGAUGAUCACGGGCGCGGAGCCCGGUCGGUCGCGGUUUACCCUCAUGCACGACUACGAUGAGCAUCUGAAGCUGCACCAUCGCAUCCUCUCGCCGAGUCUCGGUGCGCCGGCCGCCAACAAGUACCAGCCGCUCAUGGAGCUCGAGGCAAAGCAGCUCGUCUUUGACCUGCUGAGCGCGCUGCGCGAUUCCGCAGACGGAGAGACAAUCAGCACGCAGGCAAUCUACCCACUCCUCGAGCGCACGCAAUCAUCUGUAAUUCUGGCACUCCACUACGGCCUGCGCAUCCCGCGCUUUGAAGAACCGAUCCUCCACGAGGUCAUCCACACCCAAGCCCAAGUCACGCACCUCGCCGCGAACCCGCAACUCCCCGACCUCAUGCCUUUCCUCCGCCACCUGCCCACCUUCCUCUCCCCCUGGCAGCAACACGCGGAUAAGCUCUUCGCCUCACAAGUCGACCUGUACAUGCGGCUAUUCAAACACGGCCGCGACGCCCCCGGCUGGAACGCAACGAAGCAGGCCAUCGCCUCAGCGGAGAAAUACGCGCCGGCCACUAAUCCCGUCUCGGACCUCGACCUCGCAUUCACCCUCGCGACAUCAAUACAAGGUGGGAUGGAGACGUCCCCCCGCCAGAUCCUCUGGCUCUUCAUCGCAGCGCUGCACAACCCCUCCUUUGUCAAACAAGCCCACGCCGUCCUCGACCAUUUGGUCGGCCGCGCCCGCCUCCCGACCUUCGCCGACCGCAGCAAACUCACCUACCUCGACGCAAUCGCCCACGAGCUCUUCCGCUGGCGGCCCAUCUCCCCGGGCUCGAUCCCGCGGCGCGCAGACCACGCCGACACAUUCCAGGGGACAACGAUCAAAAAGGGCGUGACGGUCAUGGCGAACGCGUGGGCGAUCGGGCGCGACGAAAAAGUCUUCGACCCGGCCCUCGGAAACACAAGCGACUUUAUCCCCGAGCGCUGGAUCCGUGACGGGAAGCUGCGCUCGGACCUGCCGUUGCCGGUCUUUGGGCAGGGGCGGCGGAUCUGUCAGGGGAAGCGGGUUGCGACGGAUGGGACGUUUUUGCAGGUGGCGAGUUUGCUGUGGGCGUUUGAUGUUGAGCCCUUGGGGGAGGGGGAGCAGGUUGAUCCGUGGGCGAUGGUGGUUGUGGGGUUCAUGACGGAGCCGAAGCCGCUGAGGUUUCGGUUGAGGCUGCGGGGCGAGUGGGUGGGCGAUGUUGUUGGGCGUGAGUGGGAGGGCGCGGAGAAGGGGUUGGACAAGGUCAUGGGGGUGGCGGUUGAUGUGGAGUAG